AUGUCGGCCAUAUCCUCCUUCCUCGACCGCGUCUCGACCACAGGAGCAGCCGCGGGAUUGAACUCCCAGGCCGCAAAAUUUACCGCUGUCGCCCUCGCUGCCUCCUUUACCACCGCAACUCUCAUCCUCUCCAUCCAAGGAUCUCAACGCAAACGACGCGUCCGCCAGCUCAAGGACGAUAUCCGCAAAUCCUUCCCCCCACCACCCGCAUUUGACGCCCAUUCGGAUCUGGUUAAUAAUAAUAAUUAUACUGGAACUGCACCUACUACACUACCAGGAUUGUCAUCAUUGCCGCAACAAGGAGGAGCGGGAGGAGCGGGAGGAGGAUCGUUGUUUCUGGAUGGCGGGUUGCAGAUAGAUGAGGAGCUUGUGAGGGAACAGUUGGCGAGAAAUAUUGCGUUCAUGGGAGAGGAAGGUGUUGAGAAGCUCCGCAAGUCCUUUGUCGUCAUUGUGGGAGCCGGUGGUGUCGGAAGUUGGGCAGCGAGUAUGUUGGUCAGGAGUGGCGUGGGCAAGAUCAGGAUUAUUGAUUUUGAUCAAGUGUCACUGUCGUCGCUGAACCGACACGCAACCGCUGUCCAGGCUGAUGUUGGAACACCCAAAGUCACGGCGAUGAAGAAGGCUUUCAGAUCCAUCGCCCCUUGGGUCGAGGUUGAUGCUCGUGUCGAACUAUUCCAGGAAGACAGUGCCGAGGUGUUGCUCUCAGGCAACCCGGACUAUGUGGUGGACGCGAUCGAUAAUAUCAACACCAAGCUGGCACUGCUUAAGUUCUGCUAUGACCACAAGAUCCCUGUUAUGAGCUCUAUGGGAGCAGGAGCCAAGGCCGACCCAUCGCGUGUUCAGAUCAGCGACAUCUCCGAGACCUUCGAGGAUCCAUUGGCAAGAGCUGUGCGCAGGAAGAUCAAGAAAAUGGGAGUUGAUACAGGAAUUGAAGUCGUCUACUCGACCGAGAAGCCCCACCACGUCAAACUCCUCCCUCUGGAUGAGACACAAGCACAGGAGGCAGACGAAUAUUCAGCCCUCCCUGAUUUCCGAUCUCGUAUCCUGCCUGUCCUCGGACCUCUCCCUGCCAUGUUUGGAAUGGCGAUGGCGACCUUUAUUAGCUGCAAGAUUGCAGGCUGGCCCAUGGAACCAUUACCGAUCAAGUGUCGUGAGGGACUAUAUGUCCGUGUGCAGCGGGAAUUGAAAGUGAGGGAGAGUAGACUGGAUAAGGGGAUUGAAACCAUUGCGUUGGACAGGAGGGAUGUUGGAUAUGUGAUCGAGGAGAUCUUUAGAGGCAAGAGUGCACUCUCAGGGAGCAUGGAGAAGAUUGGACUCUGCCGGUGGAGACGGGAUCAGCCUCUUUCGUUGCAGAAUGUUGUGGUGUUGACAAAGUCCGAGUUGGAGAAACAUGUCAAGUUGGCGGCAAAUGCGGACCUGGUUGAGGUCUAUGGACAGGAUAAGGUCAAUGCUGUGGAGGCCAAGUUCCGGGAGGAGGCUGAGUUGAGCCGGCUUCGUUGA